AUGCAUUACCUCAGCUCACUUUUACUCCCCAUCGCCCUCUUCUUCUCGUCUCUCACUUCAGCAUUCUCCGGCGACUUCGAGCUUAGCGACAUAACCGUCUCAUCCCCUUGCCAAGCAGACCCCAAGUCUACAGCAAGCACUUACAUCGAAUUCAACUUCUUUGACCAAGACACACCCGAAGUUGGCUCUACACAUUGCUGUGUUGAAUGGGCAGUCGGCCAGCAACCUCCCACCACAUGGACGAAUACUUGCGACAACUCCACCUUCGGUGUGCUUGUCCAGUCGUGGAAUGGUGUUGACAACAUGUCUCUCCAACUGAGUCAUCAAUACAUUGAUAACAGUGUCGGCCAAUACCCGUACAACGUCCUUACCAAAUUCUCCAAGUUCAGCCUCGCCUACCCGUCCACUCAAUACUACGACUGCGACGUGUCCAAAGCUGAAUGCCAGAGUUCUGCUGUGAUCAUUGCGCUUGUCACGCAAGCGGUGGCUUGA